GAGACGGGAGAAGGAUUUGUGACAUGUCAGACUUUGGCGAGAGCUGCGCUCUGAUCAUAGAGGGGUGGUGUAUUUGGUGAGAUAAUGUUCGGGUGCCUGGUUGCGGGUCGAUUGGUGCAGACAGAUGCACAACAAGUUGCAGAGGGGAAAUUUGUAUUUAACCUUCCCGAUUAUGAGAAUGUCAAUCACGUGGUGGUCUUUAUGCUGGGGACAACACCAUUCCCUGUAGGAACAGGAGGAUCUGUGUAUUUUUCAUAUCCCGACAAGGAUGGAAUGCCAGUUUGGCAGUUGCUAGGAUUCAUAAGUAAUGAAAAGCCUAGUGCAAUUUUCAAAAUAUCACGGUUAAAGACAGAGGAAGUUGGACAGCAUCCUUUUGGAAUGAUGAAUAUCACACAAACUCAAUCUGUUGCUCAAAUAGGGAUUUCUGUGGAACCUGUGGAAUUAUUGAAACAGCAGACCCCAGUAGCAAGUGCAGCUGUAUCAACAGUCGAUUCAUUUACACAGUUUACACAGAAGAUGCUAGACAACUUCUAUAAUUUUUCAACCUCAUUUGCACUGACCCAGGCUCAGAUGAUCCCAAAUCCCUCUGAGAUGUUUAUCCCAGCAAGCAUUGUCUUGAAAUGGUAUGAGAAUUUUCACCGAAGAUUGUCCCAAAAUCCAAAUUUUUGGAAAUCGUAAACAAUAAUCACCAGAAGAUAAUGUUACAGCCAACAGUGUUGAAUUUGUGUAAACUGAUUUUUGCAAUCCUUUGCAAGGUGUUUUGAAUACAUGCUGCUUUUCAUAGUAAUCAUGCUGGUUUGAAAAUUAUUUUGGAACAUUUUGCUUGUGAUACCUGCCACACUGUUGUUUAUAAUGGAUAUUAACAACCUCACUAAUCAUGUCUGAAUUGACAUUUGCAUUCUCAAAAUGGAUUCUAAAUUGGAAUUGAAAGAAUAUGUAGAAUUGUAUAAUAUUGUGAACAUUCAUUAUAAUAUGCCACAAGUGGGUUGGCAGUCAUAUCGGGAGAAAUCUCUCAUAGGGAAUUCUGCUCAAGCUAAAUCUUUAUGCAGCUAUACACUCAUUUUGUACUCCCUGUCGUAUCUAAGAUGUUCCUUUUAUUCUCACUUGCAUCUUUUUAUACCAUCAGUGCCAGUGGUUAAAUUUACUUUAUAAAGAGAGGCCUUUGUUUUUUUAACAAAUACUGCUUUAUGUUAACUUAAGUUUUAUAUUGGCUACUUAGAUCCCGUUAAUAAUAUACAUAACCCUGUCUUGUUAUUAGAUCUGACUGCAGUUCCAGAAGACUGUAAAUGGAAAAAUUGGGCUGCAGACAUUUCUACUGCUUAAAAUGUGUGCAGGAAACAUGUAUAUUGUCUAUGCAUCUUAGCCAACAUUUUUGUUCGUAAUUUAAGCAUCACAGAUAAUUGCUUCAUCACAUUGCUUUGAGUCAGGACUACAGAGCAACAUACUGAGGACAUUGGAAAUUUCUGGAGCAAGAAAUGGAAUUAACCUUACAGGUCAAUGACAUUUAUAAAGUAAGAUUUUCUCUCCAUAGAUGACGUGUGACUUGUGUAGUUUCAUAUUGAUAAACUGCCCAAAAUAGAAUGUGAAUGUAAAUAUAUGACUAGUAAAUUGUGUCUUUGACAUGUCAUAAAUUUCGUAUACGUAGAAGUUGUUUUGCAGUGGCCCAGGAUAUUUUAUUGAGCAAUGAGUCUUUAAGCAGAAAGGAAUAGGCAGAUGAGCAAUAACAUAGAAAAUACCUAGCUCAGAUAUCAUUGCAUAUACCUGGAGCUUCCUGCAGGGUUAAAUGCUGAGGAAUGGGAAAGAAAUGCCACAAUGCAAAAGAAAUGAGAGAAAAGCUAAGUAUUUAGAAUGCAUUACUGAAAUUGAAAAUGGAUAAAUUGUAAGGGAAAGAGUCAUGCAGGUGGUGCAACGUAGCUUUAACUGAACACUUGGAAAGAAAUGUUUAUACAGUCCAUUUUUAAAAAAAUCACUGCUUAAUGUGGAUUUCAAAUAGUGUCAACUAAUUUCUCAUUCAAAAUUAGAAGCUUAAUGCCGCCGGAAGGGACUGGAGAUGUUAUUUACUUCAGCCUUCGCACAAGUUGAAAAGCUUCCAAAACUCUUCCGCCUUUUGGCAGAAUAUAAAGAGAAUCUUUUGCAACUGAUCUGUAUAUGGAGAGUUUGCAUAGAGUAUUAUAUCCAAACAAACUGAAAAUCAGUAACAUGAUUCAAAAAGUUAUUAGCAUGUAAAUAAUUUUCUCCUUUUUAACUUCACAAUUCAAUAGAGGUACAUCGACACGGAAGUUUUUGAAAGUGCAUGAUAGAAGUAAGUUUUUCAAGAAAGAAUAGCAAUAUUAAUUUACCUUCUGAGAUUUGGCCCUAGUGAUAGACACUUGCACUGUUCCAGAAGCGCAAUUCUCCAGUUAUUAUCAAUUUGAAUUUUACUUUUAAAUGUUAAAUUGAGACCAUUGAUGUUGGGUUACACUAAUAGUUGCAGCAGUGCAAUCACAAAUCAUCUGUAGCACUUCAAUGAUUAAUCAUACCUAGUCUGCGUUCCUUCCUAGAGAUUGAAUCUCCUAGAAAGUAUUACAACAUUUAACUCUUAUAAUGAAAGAUUGAUGGCCAACACUAUAUUAGUAGUGCAGUCAAAUUCCUGAGCAAAUUCUCUAAUAAUAGACAUUGGUGUAGAAUAUAAGGCCAGAAGACACAGGAGUGGAAGUAAGGCCAUUUGGCCCAUCAAGUCCACUCCACUAUUUAAAUCUUGGCUGGGCAUUUCAACUCCACUUCCCUGCACUCUCCCCAUACCCCUUGAUUCCUUCUGAGUUCAAGAAUUUGUCGAUCUCUGCCUUGAAGGCAUAUACACAGAUAAAAAUUGAAAGAACAGCAGAUGCUGUAAAUCAGGAACAAAAACAGAAGUUGCUGGAAAGGCUCAGCAGGUCUAGCAGUAAAAAGUCACCUGAUCUGAAAUGCUAACUCUGGAUUUUCUUCACAAAUGCUGCCAGAUGUGCUGAGCUUUUCCAGCAACUUCCGUUUCUGUUCCUGAUUUACAGCAUCUGCAGUUCUUUUGGUUUUUAUUUAGUAUCUAAUUCACUGCUACAUCUCUUCUAGGCAUGCCCUCCUUGAAGAAGUUAAACUCUCUUCUGGGAUUUCUGUUCCAAUCUUUUGUUUUCUCUUGUCCACCAGGUUCUGAGGAAGGGUCACUGGACCUAAAACGUUAUCUCUGAUUUUUCUUCACAGGUGCUGUCAGACUUGCUGAGCUUUUCCAGCAACUUCUGUUUUGAUACAGGGUUAUAUGUCUGUUUCAGUAUCUAGUAAACACUACUCCGCCAGGUUAUAUUGUCUUAUUUUAGGAAUGCAGACUUUUUUCAUCCUACUUGUUCAGUAUAAGUUUGAAUUUUUAAUGAAUUUUGCAGAUGUUUAUGUAAUAUGUACAGCCAUUAGCAACUCAGGUGAGGAUCCCAAAAUCAUCUGUAAGAGAAAGGAUAAUAAGUCCAUUAACGUGAGUAGGGUAGAAACUCUGGUUAUGAACUGAAAAGGACAAUAGGUAGCAAUCCCUAAUGUUCCAAAGUUCAUUGCAUGAAAAUGGCAUUAAACCAUAAUGCUUAUUACCUAACAAGUGCAGACACACUGGCUGCCUCCUAUGGUAUAACCUAUCUGUGAUUCUGUGAAAGCAGUUCUUUUGUAAUUGUCAUAAUUAUAUAAAUGUGGUUAACAAAUGGUAUGUAAAGGACAGAUAAGUUCAAACCAAGAGGAUAGCUGCACAAAAGCUGUCUCUUUUGUUUAUGUGCCAUAAUCAUUUUUUUAAAAAAAACUUUGACAGGGUCUUGUCUGUCAAAUCUGCUGAAAGCAUGCAAUUUCAUUUUUGUCCUGUGAUUAAAGCACAUUGCUUACGUAGUUUAUAGCCCGAGUCACUCAAAAAUGGAUUAGUCUUCGGUGAAUAAUAGCCUAAUUUUAAAUUUGGUGACACUACUCAACCUAGAAUGUGAAGAUUGACUAGUGUCACUAAAUUGACUUACAGUGAAUGCAUUGAAAUGAGAAUUUCUGCUGUGAAAAAUUGAGAAAAAAUUGAUUUAUGGCACCAUGUCCUACCAGGAGGCCUCUUGUCUGAAUAGGUAGGAAACCUUGACUACAGUCAUUCUUAAUCUUACUGCUGAUAAGUAGACCAAAGGAAGCAAGAGUAAUAUGUUUUUCUUAUCAAUUUACUUAAGUUAAAAUGUUGCUCACAAGUACUGAGCAAUGUAAUAAAAUAUAUGAAACUA